AGAAGGGUGUUGGGCCUGGCGGGAGUGCUGAGGGUUGCAGGCGGCUGGGCUGCUCUCCUGGGCGGUGUCCCAGGAGCUGUUGGCCGAGUCGCCCUGGGUUCCCACCACCCUCUGAGAGGUGUCUGAGCGAGUGGAGUCCACUAACAAGAAUCUUAGGCCGGCACCAUGGGCUGCUGCUUCGCUAAGAGGCGGAAGAGUCAAAAGGAGUCUCGGGCUGAGCGAGAGGAGGAGCAGCCCAAGCUGUACAGCUGGGACCAGCGGGAGAAGGUUGAUCCAAAAGAUUACAUGUUUAGUGGACUGAAGGAUGAAACAGUAGGUCGCUUACCUGGAAAAGUGGCAGGACAACCAUUUGUCAUUCAAGACUGUGAGAACUGUAACAUCUAUAUUUUUGAUCACUCAGCUACUAUUACCAUUGAUGACUGCACUAACUGUGUAAUUUUUUUGGGACCAGUGAAAGGCAGUGUGUUUUUCCGAAAUUGUAGAGAUUGCAAGUGCACAUUGGCUUGCCAACAAUUUCGUGUAAGGGACUGUAGAAAGUUGGAAGUCUUUUUGUGCUGUGCUACUCAACCCAUUAUUGAAUCUUCCACAAACAUCAAGUUUGGCUGUUUUCAAUGGUACUACCCUGAAUUAGCAGCCCAAUUCAAAGAUGCAGGCCUCAGUAUCUUCAAUAACAUAUGGAGUCAUGUUCAUGAUUUUACACCCGUGUCAGGAGAGCUCAACUGGAGCCUUCUUCCAGAAAAUGCCGUGGUUCAAGACUAUGUUCCUUUACCAGCAACUGAAGAAUUCAAAGCUGUGCGAAUUUCCACAGAAGCCAAUAGAAGCAUUGUUCCUGUAUCCCGGGGUCAGAGACAGAAGUACAGUGAUGAAUCAUGUCUAGUGGUAUUAUUUGCCGAUGAUUAUACAACUGCAAAUGCCAGGAAACUAAUUGAUGAGAUGGUUGGUAAAGGCUUUUCCCUAGUGCAGACAAAGGAAAUGUCAAUGAAAACUGAAGACGCUCAAAGGGUUUUCCAGGAAAAGGCAUCAGACUUUUUACUUCUUCUAAACAAAGGCCCUGUGAUUGCUUUGGAAUUUAAUGGAGAUGAUGCUGUACAAGAAUGUCACCUUAUUGUAAACGGAAUAUUCAACGGGACAAAGAUGUUUGUAUCAGAAAAGAAGGAGACCGCAUCUGGAGAUGUUGACAGCUUCUAUAACUUUGCUGAGAUCCAGAUGGGGAUAUGAAACGGAUUGUGGUAUUAAGCUUCUUCCAACUUUUAUAUAUAGACAGUUUGAUAAUAUGUAUGUUAGUCAUUUAGCAAUUAAUAAUUUUUACUAAUGCUAAAAUUGUUAAAGGCUAUUUUUAAAUAACUCUUUGGAUACUAUAUCAUUUACUUGACUAUUUAAAAUAGUUCAUUUAAAUUGAGUAGUUUUAAUCAUAAACUAUUUAACAGCCGGGCGAUGGUGGUGCACGCCUUUAAUCCCAGCACUUGGGAGGCAGAGGCAGACAGAUCUCUGAGUUUGAGGCCAUCCUGGUCUAAAGAGUGAGUUCCAGGACAGCCAGAGCUACACAGAGAAACCCUGUCUCGAAAAAAAAAUUAUAAACUAUUUAACCUGCUUCAAUAAUAUUGCUUGCAGUUUUAUUUCUUUUCAUACAAUAGUCUUAUUAGGAAAUAUUCAUGAUUUUAUUCCUAAUUAAAAGUUCUUUCAUAUCUCUGGUAAUUAGACUUUACAACUUUUGUUAGUGCUCUAUGUUGAUUCAUUUAAAAAUAUAUUUUGUUUCUUAUUUUCUCUUUCAAUUUAGAGGAAUUUGUUACUAGGUAAAAUUAAAUAAGCCUAUGCACUUUUAAAAAAAUACAUACACAGCCAGUUAAAUAAUCAUUUCCUUCUUGCAUUAUAUGACUAAUGAGAUUUUGUACAUGGAGUUGACAAACUAUUUUGUAAAUUGGGAGAUGUUUUUAAGAUGGGUAUUUGAAAGCUGAGUGUGGUCAUGGCAUCUGUAGUCCCAGGCUACUCGGGAUGCCUAACUGGAAGAAUCACUUGAGCUCAGGCGUUUAAGAACAGACUUGGCAAGUAAGACUCUAUUAGAAAGAAAAAAACUAAGAUAACCAGCUUUGCAAAUAAUUCUAACUGAUCCUGGCAUUGCUGUUUUAAGGACUACUUCCAAAGUAGUAUGGCUGACUUUUAAGUAAAACUGCCAGAUGAUUCUUCUGUUUUCUAGGAAGAAAAAGUAUAUAUAACAUAAAACUAUAGAACACCAAUCACCAGCAGAUUUAACAGGGGUGAUCACAGUCUGAUAGCUGUUGUGACUAGCAAGAGACCUAAAGCAAAACUUAUGACUUUUAGGUAAGGAACACUUAGGUAUGAUGAUAAUUUAGCCAGGUUAUUCAAAAUUUCCAUCCAUUUUUUUUUUACUCAUGUCAACUAAUACUAAAAUAUGAUAAAAGUUUUGGUUACUUGAAAUCAUUAUCUCUCAAUUCCAUUUGAUUAUAGUAAUUUCCAAGAGGAGGCAUGGGAAUUGUUCAGAAAUGCACAUUGAUGGAUCCAGUCUAAAGAUGCAAAGAUUGUUUGCAGGGGAAACUGAAUGAGGGUGUGUUAUUAUCUAAACUAAUCAGUUAUGAAAGUGUUGAUAGGCUGAUUUUUAUCAUAUUUGGCAAGGAACAGGAAUAGCUUUCAUAUGCUCAUUUAAAGGAAUCAGAAUGAAACUGAUUAUUUUUAUAAAAAAAUGGUCACUUGUAAAAAGUCCUUUCAUGGUUGUUACCAAAAGUGUAUUUUCAUGCUUAAAGUGGUUUUGGAAACUUUCAGGCCAACUUAUGACUAUCAUGUUGAAUUGUGAAUGUGUAAAAAUAAUGCUUUUUUAUUUUGAAUUAAUAAUAUUGAAUACCUACACUGUGCCUAGCCUUGUGCUGACCAUCAGCAUUUCAACAUUUCUUUUAUUAUAAAAGCAUCAUGUUCUACAAAGUCAAUGCAAAGAUGAAAACCAAAACUGCUGGCAGGUAUAACAGUUUCUAUCAUAAUUUACAAAUGGUCUUUGCAAACAGUGGUCAGAGGCAUUAAUGUUUCCCUUAGCUAAGCUAAAUUAAAUGCAUUCUUUUCUACCUUGAUUAUAUUACUAAUUGUCUUUACCCACAUUUGAAAUAAUCUCAAUACUUGUUAUUUCAGAACUAAAAUGCAAUGUUAUACAAAGCUGUACAUUAUUGUAUCAAUAACGGUGUGCAAAAACUCAGGAAUAUUAUGUAAAGGAGACAGUAAUUUAAGAUUUUUCCACCAAAUUUAGUAUGUUAACCAAAGCCUGAAACUUUAUAUCCAUUUUGAUAAGAACAUUUUAUAAGUACUUUUAUGUUGUUUCUGCAAGUCCAAACUUGGAUAGUAAUCAUGAAAUACUAACAACAUUUGAUUUCUGAAUAGCUUUUAAAUUCAUGAAAAAUUAAUAGCCAUGAAAAGUGAUUUUAAUUGUCAUAUUUGUUUAACUAUUUUACUAUUCUCUUGCAUUGAUAGUACUGCUAUAUUUUGGGUCUGUAUAUUUAUGUGUAGCUUUUAUAUGUAAAUUUAUCUAGUGUUUAUAAAAUGUACUUUGAAAUAAAUGUUAAAAUGGUUCAAUGCUAAUUUUUUGAAGAAUACUCUAUAUUUACUCAUACAUGUACCAAAAUUUGAUAAAAUUUUUAUUUUCUUUUGGGUGUUUUGUUGUACAAUUUUUAAUUUUAAAAACAAAAUAAAGUGGUCUAAUCUGUCUCAUACUAAUGAGAAAUGAACUGUAUACUGAGUGUGUAUGUAUUUGAUGUCUAUAUGUGCAUGUGUAUACACAACGUACUCUGAAGAAAUGAAAAGGAAGAGACAUAUUUUGAUAUAAGCAAUUUACAUCAUGUUCUCUUUGCUAAAAUAAGUCACAUUUUUUAUUAUGACUGAAUAUUUGCUAAGAUUAGGCAUCUUUCCUUCCAUAUUUUAAAAAUGCUGGGUAAAGAAUAUACAAUUAUAAUUCUAGUUCUCAGGAAUUCAAGGCCAGCCUAGGUUAUAUAUUGAAUUCCAGGCCAGUCCAAGCUAUAUAGCAAGAGCCUGUCUCAGAAAAUAAAAAAGUGUGAUAAAUUUUCAUUCAGGUUUAAAAAGUAGAUGGUAUUUUUAUUGUCAAAUUUACCAGUCUUUGUCCUCCUUUCCUAGCUCAUAAAACAAAUACUGAAAGUGCAAAUUGGCUCAUUUGUAAAAAUAUAACAUUAUGUUUAUUUCUACUUAUAAAGGUUCAACAAGUACAUUAAGAACAUUUGGAGCAUUGAGAACAAGCAGAAAUGAUAACACAAUAAAACUACUUCCUGUUGAAUAA